AUGUGGAGUUCUCGCGGAGGACGACCACGAAAGCGAAAAAAGUACCAUCUACGAGGGGUCAUCCAUUGCCGAUGUCGGUGGUAUACCCGAAAGUUUCGAGCCUACAUAAUGAAAUAUCCCAAGAUCGCACACACUUUUAAAACUAUAGAAGAUAUCCCUGAGUUCUUCGAGUACCCGAAUGGCGCUCCUACUGAAGGUCCGAAUACCAACUACUUUACCCUAAAACCCACCGCCAUCUCCUUCCACCGCCGCCCACCGUCGGCGCAGCCACAAACUCCGAUCAGCCAGACAAUGGACCAACACAUCCUCCUCCAAUUGGGCAUCCUGAUUCUAACCCUAGCCAUCUUCUACGUCCUCCACAGUCUCCCCAAACGGGCCUUUUCCAAGCUCCGAUCGAAAGCCCAGCCCAACAAUCAGGCCCACCGCCACUUCAUACAGGGCGCCCAGCUCCUGUCCCGGGCCCGAUCUACAAAAUCCAAAUCCGCGGCCCUCAACCUCGCCAAGUCCGCCGCCGGCGAAGCCGACAAGGCCCUGGCCCUGGGGCCGAGGGACCCUGCGGCCCACAUCCUGAAGGCCAUGGCUCAGAGCCUGAUGGGCCACAAGGCUUCGGCCCUCAAGUCCCUGGACGCGGCGCUAUCGCCGCCGGCGGUGAAGAUGCUGUCUGGUAGGGAGAAGGGAGAUGCUCUGUUGAGGCGGGCCGAGUUGCAGAUCGAUCUGAACCGGAGGAGACGGGUCGACUCGGCAAUUGAAGACCUGGUCGAAGCGGUCGUGUUGAGCCCGGACAAUUCCAAGGCUUUCUGCUUAUUGGGCCAAUGUUACGGAACUAAAGGAUUAAUAGACGAGGCUAGGAAUGCUUUUGUGGAGGCGCUGAAAAUUGAGCCCAACUUGAAGGAGGCCCGUGAUGGCUUGGUCCGUUUAGGCUGA